CCAUAUAUGGCGUAAACUUGAUGCCUAAUAGUGCAAGCAAAGCAAGAACCCCACCUUUUUUUAUCACCUUCUCUAAAACUCUCUGUAUCAUAUAAUCUGUAUUUCUGUUUUUAAAAAAAUAAUCUGCUUUUUUUUUUUUUCUCUCUCCUCUCUCUCUCUGCCUUUUUGGUCCUCACUACUGCUAUAAGCUCAUAUUUAGUGCUUCACUAGCUACCAAACCUCCAUUGUCUCUCUCUCUCUCACCCCAUUCCUUUCCCUUCUCUUAUUCUUUCAUCACCCACUUGCUACACUUAACUUAAUUCAAAACCUCUCUUCUCUCUCUCUCUCUCCAUUAUCUUUGCCAAACACUGUCUUCUCUUACAGUUUUGUCUUUUGCUAUCAAAGGUGUUUUAAGCUCAAGAUUUUCAGAGAGAUCAGAUAAUGUGAGUAUCUCUUACAACACAACACAACACUGAAGAAGAAACAUUUUUUUUUCCAUCUUCAUCUAUCAUUGUCUUUUUCAGGGGACUGUUUCUGAUUCUUGACUCCCCUCUCUCUCUCUCUUCAACUUUUAGAGAGAGAAAGAGAGAUCUAUUUGGUCAUAUUGGUUCUUUCUUUGCUUUUGUUUUCUUCCCUCAAGAGUUGUGAGAUAGUGAAAUGAAAAUGUUUCAAGUUUAGGUUGCUGUAGGGCUGGUCUUUGUCUUUUACAGUUCAACAUAGCCCAAAAAAAAGGGACCAAAGCUUGUGUUUUUAGUUAAUUAAUCUAUUAAUUAUGAGUGCUCACUUUGGGUAUCCAACAAUGUAUGGAUCAAUCCAUAAGCUCUAGUUCUAUAGUUUGUUGCUUCCAGAAAAGUAGACAAAGUGUUGUGAAAACUAGCCUAAUUUAAUCAUUUAGGCCUCUAAUUAUCUUCUUUUGGUCUCCAACCAAACAACACAAAUAGAGAGAGGGUGUGUGUGUGAGAGAGAUAGAGAGAGAGAAAGGGGGGUUGGGAAACAAGAAAUGGAACUUUCAAGUGAAGAAGGGGUGAUGCCAAUACCAAUUAACAGUUCAUAUGGUGGGGGACAUGGACAUGGUCAUGGCCUAGGGCAUGGGCACAUGAUCCAUCAUGAUCCUGCACCCCACAAUCACAUUAUUCCAUCCUCAGCACCACCACCACCACCACCACAAUUGCUCUCCAAUAUUGCUGCUCCCCCCAUGCCCACAACCUUGGAGGACCAUAUGCCCUACAACAACAACAACAACAACAACAACAACAAUAACAACAACAAGAAACUGCAGGCGGUGAGGUACAGGGAGUGUCUCAAGAAUCAUGCAGCUGCAAUGGGUGGGAAUGCCACAGAUGGUUGUGGGGAGUUCAUGCCCUCUGGACAAGAGGGUACCCUAGAAGCCCUAAUCUGCUCAGCCUGCAACUGCCACAGAAACUUCCACAGAAAGGAGACAGGAGGAGGUCAUGAGCUGCCCAACUCCUCCUCCUGUGACUACUACCACAGCCCACAUCCCAGCAGGAUCAAUGUUGGGAGGAAAGUCAUUCUGGGACACCACCACAAGAACAUGUUGGGAGGCCCAGAGGCUCUAGGGUACCCUACAGGACUCCUCAUCCCUUCUAGAGGAGCAGUUCCACACCACCACCAUUCCUUAGUGUCCUACAACAUUGGGGGGUCCCUGCCCUCAGAGUCUGAUGAGCGGGAUGAUGGUGGAGUUGUGACUAGGCCUUACCAGCUGGUGAAGAAGAGGUUCAGGACAAAGUUUUCUCAGGAACAGAAGGACAAAAUGCUCAACUUUGCAGAGAAAGUUGGGUGGAAGAUUCAGAAGCAAGAGGAAGCUGUGGUUCAACAGUUCUGCCAAGAAAUUGGUGUCAAAAGAAGAGUCCUCAAGGUCUGGAUGCACAACAACAAGCACAAUCUAGCCAAGAAGAUCACUCCCACCAAUGAUCAAGAUCAAAUUUAGAAAUUAUUAUUAUUAUUGUUGUUGUUGUUCUUUCUCUUUUAUUUUAUUUAUAUUUUUUUUAACUAUUUUAAUUUGUCUGAGUCUGUUCUUGGAGUUAUUUUCUUAAUAAUAGUGGUGAUGUAAUGUAGUUAAGGGAAAAUUGAGUUUGGUAUGAUUUGUGGGUGAUAUAUGAUGUUUCUUGUCCAAUCCUUUUUAGGUAGAAAUGGGUUGACAUACACUAUGAAGAUCUCCUGUGUAUGAAUAUUCUAAUAUAUGGAAGAGCUUCUUGAAUCUUAAUUUUAGUCAAA